AUGCCGGCUGAAGAAGCGUUGGAUCCAUUUAGCAAAUGGACGGUCACCGAAGAGAGAAGAACCUCCAGGCUUCAUCUUCGCAAGCAGAGGCUUUCAAAGUCGUUGUCGGCUGCCGCAGUGCUGAGCACCGCGGGGAAGGGGAAGCCUCGGCCAGCUGCAGGCGCCCCAGUGGUCCACGCUGAAGGAGGAGGCGAUGGCAGCCUGCAAGGUGAAAGCUCGGCGGAUACCCCGAGCAGGAGGCCGAGCAAAGAAGCAGACGGCGGAUACGCGACCUUCAAGGCUCGCUUUGACAAACAGUAUGCGCAGCAGCAGCGGAUCAGCUGCCUGGCACUGAACCGCCGCCAGCGAGUGGUUGCAGAGACCCUGCAGGAGGCACGCGACUCCUGGGAGCCAGACAAUCGCCUUGCCGCUGCAGCUGCAGCAGAGGCGGAGGAGAUCGCCAGACUCUUCCGAACGCCUGCGGCACAGAUGGCGAGCUGCUCGGAUCUCGCGCGCCCCAGGGUCCUGGAGUCCCCGGAGGAGCCGGAGGAGGCACCUCAGGAUGUUCGCUCCUGGGCAGAGCAGCAGGCCCGCGUCCGCGCUUUGGCCGAGCCUCGGCCCCUGCCCCAACGGCCCGAGCCACCUCCAGCACCGUUGAGGAGUGCAGCCGAGCAGCAGCGGCACUGUGCAGAGCUAGCGCAGCCCAGGGCUGUCACCGAGCCGAUGCCAGGAUCAACUGCUGCCUGGCGAGAGGAGCUUGCCUCGCGUGCAGCUGCCAUGGUGCCGGAAGAGGUGCAGGCUGCACGAGCGCUGCUGGCCUCGAUGCGUUCACGGCCGCGCUCGGCGCCGCGGAGACGGCCUUCGUCAGCACAGGCAGCGAAGCCCGACGAAGCUGUUUCAGAGCAGCUGGCGGAGCUGAAAUCCAUGGUUGAAGAGGUCCUGUGGGUCGUGCUUUUGCAGGUACGCAGCUGCCCGAAGCCUCAGAACUUCACCGGGACGGGGCCGGUGCCCAGCGGACUGGGAGCUGUUGCUCUCGAGGAGCGGCUCGGCAGCCUCCUCACAGCGCAAGUGGGGCCCGCACUUCGACCGGUCGCGAAGCGCCUUCUCGGCCCCGGUCAGGGCCUGCCCCGGCGGCUGCGUGCGGAGUUUCCAAAGUUGGCGAGGCACCUGGGCUUCCGCGAGUCGGAGGACCCAGAGCCACUGCCAACGUUGUGGCAGCAGGAGGCGACGGCGACACCUCUGAUGCCAUACUUCGGCGAGGGCCCGAGGUCUGUUCAGGCGAGCUUCGGUGUCGAAGCGGAUACAACGUUCUUGGACAUGCCUGUGUCCAUGCAACGCAAGGGGCAAGGCCACAAGAGCCACACGGUUCAGCCAAGUCUCACUGCAGCCAACAGAUCGUGCAUACCUCAAUUCGAUGCUGGCGAGGGCACUGGCCCAGUGGAUGCCCACCCUAAAGGGGAUCUUGGCAAGUCUGACCGCAAUGGCAGAGUCCGGCAGAAGGAGUGCCAGGGCUUCGUACCUUCCCUCCCUCCAGACCAGCUCAAGCUCAUGGCGUCUGGAGCUCAUUUGUCUCACCUUGUUUGCCAGGCCAGUUCCAGUGACCUUGGGCGUGCGAUGCCCUUUCCGGUGUUGCUUCUCUUGCCUGUCGUGAUUCGGGCUCGGCUUCAAGAUCUUGACCUUGGCCUCCUCGACGUGAUCGCAGAAGUGGCAAUGACGGAUGCGGGCGAUUCGGAUGCUGUGAUCAGCUUCUCAGGCAACGCCUACGAUCCCACCGUCUACCUCUCUGGCACAAAGCCGAAGCAGAAGGUGGUCGAUGUUUUCACCGAUGGUGCAUUGAAAGCCAAGAUCGAUUUUGCAACCGUGGGUGGCCACUUGGAACAGAUGAUGCACGUCAAGGGAGAAAGCCACGGUGAGGGUGCGCUGUGGGACAUGGCUCAAUCAGAGCGCGUCGUGCGCUUGAGCCUCGGGGAGAAGCACUACGACUACGAGAAAGGUCACUGCAAGUCCUGGUCCGGCUUGCGGCCUCAGGUGCCGCCAGAGCAGCCGGGCACGUACACGACCGUCUUCACCAGAGAAGGUCUCCAAGCUGCCCAGAUUCCGUCGGGCUUUGAUACGAGGCUAUCCGGGUGGCAGCAGGACUCAGCUUUGCAAUGCCUGGUGUCCAAAUACUCGCCCAGGGCACUGGCGCACUUCGUUCGGAGGUUCCACAGCGGGGUCGAGGCGGAGGCUCUGCGCUUGGAUCGAUCCUGUGCGCACUUGGCUCUCGAGGUGUUGAACUUUUUUCCGGACCCCGUUUGGGCUGCCAUCUGCCUGACCGACGAUCCUGCCGAAGCGUUGGAGGGCAACCUGAACCAGGCCACCAUCUGCCUCCGUGGCUUUCGCCACACGACCAGCUGCCUGGAGGAGCCUGGCCUCUCCAAAGCUGGAACUCUGGUGGUCUGCACUCUCUUCUUGGGCGGCAGCUCCGUGGACCUGAUCCGCUGCCCUGGCUUCAGCCGCAUGGAGGUGGGAGAGCACGUGCUAAGGGGAAGCUACGUUGGAGAUCCGAUGCUCCGCUUUCUGCUUGCAUCGUCCUUGUCUGUCGGUUGUGCGAAGUUGGAAAGCCUGCUGGACAUGACCAGCCGUGGGGAUACUGGUCCUGAGGUGCUCAUCCCGACCACGCGCGGAAGCCACUAUGCCAUGGAGCCGUGGCAAUGGGAGGAGCGCGGAGCUCCGAUGGAUGGCACUGGCCACGAGCUUCAGAUAGCAGAGGAAGGCGAAGGUGGCCCGGCAGCAAUCUGGUUGGACGCUGGAGUUCUGGACCCUUCGGAGGCAGAGAGCGCUGGAGGUCAAUUUCUGCAGCGUCUUGUACCGGGGAACCAUCAGGCUUUUCGCAUAGCCGGAGGGCAUCCACGUGGACUUCAGCAAGCCUUCGAUGAGUACCACGGCGGUCGUGCAAUCGCAAAAAUGCCAGAAAGGGUCACGGCUUUCGGUCGAAGGCAGCGUCCAGAAGGUGAUGGUCUUGGCGCGCCAAGCCACCGGCAAACCGCGGAUUCGUCAAACGACGAGGAGAGCGGGCAAGAUGCGAUCGUGCAUUUCGAUUGGGAGCCUGGGCAGCUGGCGAAGGGACAUUCGGCCGAGUCUGCCUGGGCCACCGACGCCGCAAAGAAGGGCCAGGUCGCGAUCAAGAUCAUUCGCGAUGUCAAGCAGUUUAGAGAGGCUGCUCAAGUGGAGGCAGAGGUCUUGACGACAAUUCGUGCAGCUGACCCGUGGGGGCAAUUUCGUUGCUGCUGGAUGCACGCCACGCAUCACGAGUUCUCCGACUUCUGGUAUGAUGAGGGAAGCAAGGAACCCCUUCUUCGAUUGAAAUUGGGACAGGACACGUCUGUGUCAAAACAGGGGGCAAAAGACUGUUGUGGGAUCCUCGGACUUACCGGUGCACUGGAGAACCCAACAUAUGUGAAGAGGGUAAGUCUACGAGUGGAGUGUGACGAGGCGGAGGUCCUCUCUUAUCCUUUGAGGGAAAGCAGCACCAGUACUAUUCACUAUCUGGCACGCAGACGUGCAGAACAGAAGCCCCGGACGAAGGAAGAGGCGACGGCAGACAAACCGGUCGAGGAGGCCAAGACCGGGGCGAAGAGCAAAGUGAAGAGGUCACAGUCCCAGGUCAGCGAGGCCCUUCAGCCACCUUCCUUCAGCCGACGCAGACCUACGCCUGGCGAAACUGCUGUCGCUUUCCUUCCGUAUGCUGCCAGUGAGGUCUCGUCACUGCAGAGCGGCUGGAGGCAAGACUACUGGACGGAGCCCAGUCCGCUCUUUACGCAGGGCCUGCUGUCCCAGGAUGUCAGAUAUGCGACAGAAUGUUCGCCAUGCAAGUGUGUUAUCAAGGAGGCAGCGCUUCCACCGUCUGGAGACAGGCAAAAUGCACAGGAAUUGCAGCAGCAGCAGCGCCUUCGAUGGCUGGACUCCCUGAUCAAGCAAGAAGAGGAGGGGCUCCCUUUCCAGCGACACUCCAUGUCCAAGGUGAAUGCCCGUGUCUUUCCAGAGAAGUUGCUCAACCAGCACCCCUGGUCACACAAGUGGCUGCCAGGCCGAGACUGCGCUCAAUUGCAGCCGCUUGUGAAGGCGAAAGAGCGAGCAGCUGCCGCGUGA